GUCAUCUCCUUGAUGCCAAUUUAUCUAUGAAUAACAAGACUAAGCUCAAGUCGGCAGCCAGUAGGAGAGGCAGUUAUAAGAGGGCCUCUUUCAAAGCUAAUACAACUGCUGAUGAGCUAGUGGAUGGCCCUGUUCCAGAUAGUGUUUUUAAAGCGAUUAAUGCGAUAUUGAUCCCUAUUAAGGAAAAUAUCAAGAAUCUUGAGUAUGACAUGAAGGAUGCCUUCGCUCAGUUAGGGCUGAAGGCUGGCCCACAAGAGAUGCUAGAACUUGACAGGAGGUUUGAGCUUUACUGAACAGAUUACAAAUUUUCGACAUUUGAAAGAAGCAUUUACAACAAACAAUAGAUGAAAUGAUGGAACAACUUCGUGAAGAGAUUAAGGAAGUUCAUGAUUUUGCAGAUUCCAGGGUCAGCUAUGAAGGUCUUCAGGAGCAUGUCGAAAUUUUACGUGCAGAAAUGGGGCAGAUAACUACAAAACUGGUAGAUUUGAAGAAGUUAGACAUGAUCCAAAACACUAUUGACCAGCAAAUCUAUGAAAUUCGUAAAAAGCAAGGUGCUAGAGACACCACUAUCGAUAAUAUAAUCGUAAAAUUUGGGGAUAUGUCAAAAAGAAUGGAGAAUUUUAGCUUGAAAGAAGAUGUUAAACUAGAUAUUCAGCAGUUAUGGAACCAUUUCGAUCAUUUCCCAAAAAUAAGUAAAUUAGCUAAGUAUAAAGAUGAGAUCACCCCUAUUGUUGAUAAGUGCAAGGAAGAUGUAGAAUAUCUCAGCAAAGAGGUUGAUAAAAGUAAGAAAAUUAUCUCCAGAUUUGAUGAAGUUAUGCUCGAGAAGGCCUCCAAAUUCUCUGUUGACCAACUCCGUAAAGAAUGCACACAAACUUAUGCUAAGUUACGUGAGUUUAAUGAGUUCAAAAUAAUAACUGCUGAUGAUGAAAGAGAGAUUAAAAAUGAGAUUGCUGAAAUUAAGUCUAUUUUGGAAGAGUCUCAUGAUAAACUUUUCAUAAAACUUAGUGACUCUAUGGAUAGGUAUGCUAAAAUUUUGAAUGCUUCGUAUGGAAAACCUGUCAAUGCAAGCGAACUUCACAUGCAUCUUAAUUGUAAGGCUGAUAAAUCAGAGACUGAAGGUCAAUUCGAUGUGAAAGCUGAUAAGAAAGAACUCAAUUUAACCGAUCAAAAUAUUACUGCUUUACAUGAGCAACUUAACCAGCUGGGUGUGCUACUUUGAGAGUACGUCCAACUCGAUUUCAAUGAUCCUCUCGAAUCAAAAUCUAAGAUAAUUAAAGAUAAGAAAGAGUUUAUAAAGAACAUGAAAAUUUACGUGAACUGGAUUAGGAAACCCUUGGAUUCAGACUCUCCAAAAUUCACUAAGCACAAGAAGAAGGAGAUUAAGAAGAAAUAACAAUACCUUCUUACUUGACAGUAAACCAAUGAGCAUCAGACCUCUAACCUCUCUUUCGAAAGCCUCUUUUGAACAAAAGAAUCAGAAGAAGGAGAAGCAUAAAAAUCGUUCGAAGAAUAAUUUGAAAAGAUACAUGUUUUCUCUUGUUCACAAGAGAGAUAGGAGCCAACAGAAAAGUUCUCAAGAUGAUAAUGAUAGCCCCAGGCCUCUAUCUCCUGAUUCCCAGAUCAGAAUAGAAAACAAGCAAAAGAUAGUUUUCCCAGACCAGCCAGCUCAGAUGAUCAAAAUGUGGUCAAGAAAUAGGUUGUUGAAGAAGUCAAUUUCAAGGAACAUUUUUACACCAGAGCCAAAAUCAACCGAGUACAUCAGACCUGAUCAUGGAAAAAGGAAUACUUCUCAAUUGGUAGACUCUACUAAGUACCUUCCAUUUAUGAGUCCUAUUAAUGAUUAGAAGGAUUUCAAUGCG